AUGGGUAAAAUCCAACGUGAGAAUGAUUUUACGAAACAAAAAUUAUUGUUCAAAACUUUUGCUAAAAACCAAGCAUCAAUAUCACAACAGCAGCGUCCACAACCACAACGGGUCUGGGAAAAGGUUGGUAGGGCUCAAAACACAGUCAAAUUCCUGUCUCAGCCCAGGGACUACCUCAGAAUGCAGAACGCAACUUGCCCUAAAUUUGAUCUUCCGAGUUUGAAGACAAGGUCUCUUCAUGACCUCCCCCUUGGCAAUACUCUACGAAACGAUGGGGAAAUAAUUCAGUAG